UGGUUCCUCGGCAUCAGGGUUGCCCAAGGCUCGGGGUGACUCCUCCCCGGGGACCCUCCCCUCCGGGGCGCGUCACUCUCCCCACCCCCGGGUCAGGACCCCAGCGGCUUCCUGUGCCCGAACCACGCCGUGGCAAGUCGCGGCCACCGGUCCCGGAGCCGUGGAUCCCGGGGGCCGUCCGCUGCGCCCGGGUGGUGCGCCCAGGUCCCCAUGGAGCUGCGGGUAGCCUACACCAACGGCAGCUGCGAGAACGGUUCCCUAGUCAGCCUCUACUGUUCCUCCCAAGAAGUCCUGUGCCAGAUUGUCAGUGGCCUCAGCCCUGGGGUGCCCAGUAAUGCCACCUUGAUCAGCUGGCAAGAGAGUGUCAGGAAGAACUAUGGCUUCUACAUUGGCCUGGGUCUCGCCAUCCUCUCCUCUUUCCUCAUUGGCAGCAGUGUCAUCUUUAAGAAGAAAGGCCUCAUCCGACUCGUGGCUACCGGGGCCACGCGGGCAGUGGACGGAGGCUAUGGCUACCUGAAGGACCCGAUGUGGUGGGUUGGAUUUGCCACCAUGUCUGCUGGAGAAGUUGCCAAUUUUGGGGCUUAUGCAUUUGCACCUGCAACAGUCGUCACACCGCUGGGAGCACUAAGCGUCCUCAUAAGUGCCAUCUUCUCCUCAUACUGCCUGGGAGAAAGCCUGAACCUGCUGGGGAAGCUGGGCUGCGCCAUCUGUGUGGCUGGCAGCACAGUGAUGGUGAUCCAUGCCCCCAAGGAGGAGAAAGUCACUACUGUGGUAGAAAUGACUUCCAAGAUGAAAGACACAGGGUUCGUAGUAUUUGCUGUGCUUCUGGUGGUGCUCUGCCUCGUCCUCAUCUUCAUCGUUGCCCCGCGUUAUGGGCAGAGGAACAUUCUCAUUUACAUCAUCAUCUGCUCUGUGAUUGGAUCCUUCUCUGUGACUGCCGUCAAGGGCCUGGGUAUCACCAUCAACAACUUCUUCAGGGGGUUACCGGUUGUGCGGCACCCCCUUCCCUACAUCCUGUCCCUCAUCCUGGGACUUUCCAUCAUCAUACAGGUCAACUUCCUCAACAGGGCGCUGGACAUUUUUAACACCUCACUGGUCUUCCCUAUCUACUAUGUGUUAUUUACCACAGUGGUAGUGGUCUCCUCCAUUAUCCUCUUCAAGGAGUGGCACACCAUGUCUGCCCUGGACAUUGUGGGCACCCUGUCUGGCUUUGUCUCUAUCAUCUUGGGUGUAUUCAUGCUUCAUGCUUUCAAAGACUUGGAUGUCAGCCAAAUCAGCUUGCCACACAUGCACAAAAACACAGGCCCAGCUCCUGCCCCAGAGCCCACUGUCAUUAAACUAGAAGACAAGAAUGUCCUUGUGGACAACAUAGAACUUGCCAGCACGCCAUCACCACAACAGAAGCCCAAAGUAUUUAUGAUCAAUUCGUAGAGCCUGGAAUAAACUAGAAGAGGAGCCCCAUGGUCCAGCCUGACCUCUCGUGUUCAAAACCACCUGGUUACCUUCAGCACAGCUGUUGCCAAGGGCUGUCUUGAGAUUGUCGUUUAUACCUCAUCGCUGUUUCUAGGACAAAAAAAAAAAAAAAUCUCUACCCAGUAAAGGGUGGUGGCAAAACUUCCUAGAGACACAGCCUCAAUGACCAAAUCCCCUAGUUUCUGUUGGAGCCAGAAAGCCCCUGGGCCUCCCUUCCCUUUAGUUCCCUCAGUGGUAUCUCUGUGUUGUUGGAGAGAAGAUAGAAUUUGACCUGCUGAAUGUAACCCAGUUCUAGAACUGCCCUCAGACAUUGGUCAUCAGGAAAUCCUUUACACUGAUUUUCCUGAGAGACUGAACUGCCAGUUCUUAGCCCAAGAAUGGAUCCUGCAGAGACCCAGAGAGCAAUCUGCUUCUCCAUCUUGAGGUGCACAGAGGGAGCCGAGUGGUCUGCUGCUUUUGUUAGCUCUUCACCUUCUUACUGUGAAAGCCUUCUUACUGAGACGUUUCAACUGCCCCCUUCUCCAAGCACUCCAGCCUAGAGGUCGCAUCUCUCGGUCCGUCCAUGCAAUGUCAAUGCCACCCUUUCCCUCUCUAUCCAUUCCAAGGCACCAGCCACUGAGACAUGCAAGCUAUAAUCUUAGAAUCCAACAACAGGAGAUGCCUCAGCCCAGCUCUGCUGUCCAAAUCCCAUCUGUUUCUUAGUCUUCUCUGGAAAGAGACCAGCAGUUCCUUUGCUCUCCAAAGCAACCCAGCUGUUGAGCUGGAACUCGGGAGAAUGCAACUUGCUUUGCUUCAAGGCGUAGACCAGACUGUGAUUCAGGGAGGUGGAGAAAGUGUGAGGAACAAUGUCAAGAUUGGCAAGAAAGUAGUCAUGGGCUCUCCGGAAACCCGGAGAUAACAUCUGGGCCAACUCUGAAACCCAACCAGGAACUCAGGCCAAGAAGGUGUUGAGUCAUUUCUAAGUAGCAACUUUAUAGGCCUCGGCUAAUGGGAUCGGCUUUGAAUCUCAAUGACCAAGUGGAAGUACAGGUGUGGCACAGCGUUUAUUCUGGGUGUUGGCCUUAUUGUGACUGAGUCCAUCUCAACUGACAAGCUAACUCCUCACAGUGGAAGCAUCACAACCAUGUACCAGGAAUGCUCCAACAUCGCCCUCCCCUGGGGGCCACCUUUGGUGCCCUCACAUUUGGCCAGAAGUCUGCAUAGAAGAGGAACAGCUGGAGAUAACUGGGCUCUUUUUCUUCCCUUCUUCCAGCUGCAAGGGUAUAGGGCUGGCACAAGGACCCUAAGAAAGGGAUGUUAUGGGCCAGUUUGUAGAAAAGAGGGAAGACUUGAUCCUCAGCCAUCCUGUGAAGGUGCAGAGCUAUCGUGCAAAGCUCCCUACCUGCUUGCUAUGUUGACAUCUGGUCCCCUAAGUGCAGCCGCAUCCAGGCCAAAGUCUUUCUGGCCUUGGAGUUCCAAGGGCAGAUCAACACUCUGGGCCCCUGAACAUUUCCACCUCAAAUCCCCAGUUUUUUCAUGAAUGUGGAUUUCUGACUGACAAUAACUAAAAAAUCAAUGCAACACAUUGAAUCUUGGGAAACCCCCCCAAGCUUAUGUUCUUGGCGCCGAGAAUAAAACCUUCAGAGUGUGUUUACUUGAAA